UUUAGAAAAAGCAAUUACUAGUAGAACCCACACAGUUAACAACAUCAAAGAAGUACAACUUCCUUAUACAAGACAAAACAAGCACAAUUCAAUUCAUAAUGGAAGUGAAAAACGAAUAUAG